AUGGCCGUCUACGGCAACUGGAGUGAGUUCUCCGCCGCCGUCAAGGACAUGGACGACGGCAUCAACCGCGGCGAAUUCCUCAAGAAAGCCAGGCAUGCCACUAUCAAGAACCCCGAGAUACUGCCAGAUAACGAGGUUGGAAGGGCGUUCGCUUUCGCCCAGGCGUUCGGGCUCGCCCCCGAACACAUGGCGUGCCCCUCGUGCGACGAAGAGUACGUCCUGCUGCGCGGGAAGAGGGGCGAGUGCGGAGAGCGGCUGAUUUGGCGGGGCCCGCGGCACGACGGGGGUUGCGACGAUUGCAACGGAGAGCAGCCCAGCGCCGCCAACAUGCCGUUCUUCGAUGGCACGCGUACGGGGCAUUGGAUGGACAAGCUCGACUGCCUGGUUAUGUGGCUCGCUGACUACAUCCACAAGACCACCAUCUUCGAGCUGUCCCACAUCGACCACAAGGUGAUAGACGCAUGGCUACUCGCCUUCAGGGAGCGCACGAGCGACUGGUACGACCUCAUCUGUCCGACCUCGAAUAAGAAACUGUGGGCGCCAGACAGCGGCGUGCGCAAGCGGCCCGCUGCUCGCCCCGCGCCAAAGAGAGCCCCCGCCAUGAAGGUCGCGCAGCAGAAGAAGAAGCCCCCGCGGAAGGUGUCCAAGAAGUUUGCGAAUCAGGUUAAAAAGACGAUCGGCAAGCGCGUCCUCGUUGCAGACGAAUCCUUCCUGAACAAAAACAAACCAGGGAAGUUGAACAAGGCGGCGCGCCCCAAGAAAGACCAGAUCUGGAUAUGGGGCGCCGUGCUGCAGGGGAAAGCCCGCACGCAUUUCAUGUUCCGCAUCUUGGAGCACCCCGCGGACGCGAAGGACGGCAAUCCCCGCGGGCACAAGGAGAUGCUGGACAAUCUCAACAUGCUCAACGUCGGCAAGGGCGACAUCUUUGUGUCGGACAAAUGGGGCGCGACCAUAUCACCCGCGAAGGCCAUUCGCCACCAGAAGGGGCUCGCGCAGAGCACCCUGCGCCACGAGGUAGUGAAUCACGAUGAUGGCGAGAUCGUCAACGCCAAAGGAUUCACCACCAACGCCAUCGAGAGCAAGUGGGGCAUCCUGAAGAGGUGGUUGAAGUCCAAGUAUGGCGGCAAGCUCCCGAACUACAAGGACCGCGUGAAAUGGCGCUACGCGAUUAACGAGUACCAGGCGCGCUGCUACUACUACGUGCCUCUCUCCAAAGGUCUGCGUAUUUUUGCCAUUGCGUGA